UUAAACACCGCAGUUGGUGGUAUUAGUGUUUCCAUACAGCCUACCUCGAAGUUCCAUGACAAAGGACUGGAUGGUGUGUUAUCUUUCUGAACGAACCUAAAUGUAUUCAUUUGCUGAAUACAACUCCCCACAUACAGACAAGUCCUGCACUGAUUCACCAUAUGAAAACCUGAUUUAAACUUGGCCACAUUCAUAUCACAGCCAACAUGGCGAAGGGGAUAUGUCCUCUAUUUGUGUGUCUGGCUGCGCUCCUUGUCAGUGCUGUUGGUCAAACUAUCCGACUGGUAUCGCCGCUGAAUAACGGUGUUGGCAGACUUGAGGUGUACCAUAACGGUUUAUGGGGAACUGUUUGUGAUGAUGGUUUUGGGCAACAGGACGCUAUCGUGGCCUGCAGACAGCUGGGACGAUAUGAAACAGGAAUGACACCGAAGGUCAUUUCCUCGUUUGGAUUUGGAAGUGGGAAAAUCUGGCUUGAUGACCUGGGCUGCACUGGUACUGAAUCAGACCUGAGUCGUUGUUCACAUGCGGGCUGGGGAACCCACAACUGUGGACACAGUGAAGAUGUUGGUAUCAUAUGUGAUGAAAAUGAGGUGACGGUUAAGUUGACACCGGGGUACAAAACAGGACUUCUACAGGUGUACCACUCCGGUAGAUGGGGCACGGUGUGUGAUGACCUUUUCGGUCAAGUAGAAGCUUCAGUUGUGUGCAGACGUCUGGGAUACCAAGGUGGAAAGGUAAUCGAUACAAACAGUACCAUACCAAUGUGGUUGGAUAACGUGCAGUGCACGAUGCUGAAUACAGAACCGAAGGACUGCAAGCACAGACAAUGGGGCCAGAAUGACUGUAGCAACAAUGAAGCUGUUGGUGUCCAAUGUUUUUCAUUCGCUGAGGAAUCUACAGCGGCAAGACUUGUAUCCACCACCAACACCCCAGGAGAGGGAGUGCUGGAGCUGUACUAUAAAGGACAGUGGGGUCGAGUCUGUUCUCCAGGGUUCGGAGUGGAAGAGGCAACAGUAGCUUGCAGAAUGUUGGGACACAACACUAUUGGGGCCAGCUCCACCCACCACACAAAGACAUCAACACCUCCAGUUAUCUUAGACAAGGUUCAAUGUCUUGGCACAGAACUAUCCUUCAAUGAAUGUUUGCAUUAUCCUUGGGAGGAAGUAGACUGUUCGACUGUAGCUGGAAUACGUUGUCCCUCUGCAAAUCCUCAAAUACGCUUGAAUUCGACAAAUCGUGGACGUGGUCGAGUGGAAGUACUACACAACAAUGUCUGGGGAACAAUUUGUAGAGGGUCAUCUUUUUCGACACAGGAGGCAAAAGUAGUGUGCAAAAUGGCAAAUUUUCCGUGGACCAGCGCCAGUGUGACGACGUCUUACGGGCCAGGUGAAGGGCUUGUGUGGCUGAGUAACGUCGACUGUACGGGGACAGAGACCUCCCUAGACGAUUGUUCCCACUCUGGUUGGGGAACAGCGAGUUGUUCUCACAGCAGUGAUGUUGGCGUGAUAUGUAGUGGAGCCACCCUAAAAAUCCACCUGGAGCCAACAGGAAGUGCCUUCAACGUCUUCCUUGGUCAGGUGAUCCGUUUCGUGUGUGUGGUCGACUACUCCAUUACUCCGGUCACUUCGUUCAGAUGGACAUACAAAGGACGUUCCUACAGUGGACGAACCUUCAGUAGAACAGUAACAUCCAAGUUGGACUCUGGCAUUUUAGAAUGCAGUGUAGGGAAUGUGCGCGCCUCUACUCAAAUCAGUGUUCUGUAUCCGCCAGUGGUUCAUCUGGAACCAAGCAAUGACACCCUUGAUGUCACUGUCGGUGAAGACCUCCGUGUAAAGUGUUUGGUAGAUGAUGCCAACCCUAGUGUCAACACAUACCGGUGGUAUCACAACGGACAAACAAGUACUGGCUCAACAUUCCUCAAACGUAACAUAGCCCGUUCUGACGGAGGGAUACUGACCUGUACUGCUGAUAAUGGACACAUGAUGACACCCGGACGAGCGGUUGCACAUGUUAAUGUUGAAUCCACCCUGCAAAUCCACCUCGAGCCAACAGGACGUGUCCUCAACGUACUCCUUGGUCAAGUGAUCAGUGUCGUGUGUGUGGUCGACUCCUUCAACUCUCCGGUCACUUCGUUCAGAUGGACAUACAAAGGACGUUCCUACAGUGGACGAACCUUCAGUAAAACAGUAACAUCCAAGUCGGACUCUGGUACUUUAGAAUGCAGUGUAGGGAAUGUGCGCGCCUCUACACAAAUCAGUGUUCUGUAUCCGCCAGUUGUACAUCUGGAACCAAGCAAUGACACCCUUGAUGUCAGUGUCGGUGAAGACCUCCGUGUAGACUGCGUGGUAGAUGAUGCGAACCCUAGUGUCCACACAUUCCGGUGGUCUCACAAUGGACAAACAAGUACUGGCUCGAUAUUCCUCAAACGUAACAUAACCCGUUCUGACGGAGGGAAACUGACCUGUACUGCUGAUAAUGGACACAUGAUGACACCCGGACGAGCAGUUGCACAUGUUAACGUUCAAUUGCAAGUUUCGUCGGCGAUCGGGAGUGAUGACACUGUAAACAAGAAUCAACUGACUGCCAUUGUUAUUGGAUCUGUAUGCAUGGUUACCAUUUUCAUCCUCAUCGUCGUCAUUAUACACCUGAGGAGGAGUCUGCAUGCUGCAAAACUUGGGCGCAAACCGAAUGAAAGACCAAACAGAACUGAACGAGCGAACAUGGCAAGCCGCCAACAGAAUUACGAGACGAUGGAGACGUCAAGUGAAGGUGCUGAGGAUACCUAUUGCCGUUUUCAGAUGACACCGGUGAGAGAUAACGAUCCUGACCAUACAAAAGGCAACCUCGGAUUUGCAGAAGAAGAAGAAGACGUACAGGAAAGAUGUGGACCUGUCGAGGAUGCUUACUACGGCAACAUCCAGCUGGAACUGACUGAGAACAUUCGUCAACAGAGAGGAAAAGAAAUGGAAAUGAGAAGAGCUGAAGGACAGGAGUAUGAUGCUGAGCCCAUCUAUCAGAACACCAGCGGCAGCAACCAGUUGGCAAAAUAACUAUUGGAGGUUUUGACCGGGGUGCCUACCUGCGAUAAAUGUCGCAACUAUAGAGUAAUUUCAGAAUAUUGUACAUAGUUGUUAUUAAUAAUGUAUUAUGUGCACAUUUUGUAAAACAGUUCUGAAUUACAUACACUGUGAUGUUUGUAAUGCCAAUCCUCUUAUAUUCUUGUCAUCCUGAUCAGCCUGUUAUGAUACACCUACAAUAGCUUGAAGCUCACGCAUAAAAAUGACACACGCUUGUUUAAUGUUUUCGAGAAUGUAGUGUAGUUUUAUACUUUUAUUUCACUUUGAGUGUGAAGAUCAUUGGCUCAUCUUUAUUUGUGAUGUUGUAACAUCCUGAUUGAUGUAUUUCCUGGUUUAAAAAUACACAUCAUAUUAACAGAAGUAAAAGAGGGUCCAAAUCCUCAAUAUUUCUGAAAGUGCUAUAGUUAUUCUCAUACAUGUACAUGCCAAAUGUGUUAAGCCCAUUUAAGGUGUCCCCCGCCGUGAUAUCGCUGGAAUAUUGCUAAAAGCGGCGUAAAACCAUACUCACUUACUCACAUGCCAAAUGUAAGUUCCUAAUAGCUUUAUGUAGCCUCAGUGUUCCAUGUUAAUAAUUAGAGGCCAUUGCUGCAGUGUCUGUUGUGUUAUGUCUUCAUAUCUUCCCACUGUAUUACACAUUAUAUAUACUCACCGCCAAAAGAAACAUGUUGGUCACUAAGAUUGGUUUGAUCCACAAUGACCAUACUGGUAUGUUCAUGUCCAUGUUCAUGUUGUGUGAACCGAUGCUCAUGAACAUGUCAAGUCAUAGAUCCAUAACGCGAGAUACAUCAAUUGUCUCGUACAGAGUAGGCACGUAAAGUUUGGAAGUUCACGUGCAGCAUACUGUUGUAAGAAUAAAGACAUUGUAUGGUUACAUUUGACUGAUCGUUAGUCUUGUCUUUACUUGGUACACAUUGGAAACAUAUCUUCUCAACUCACAUGUGUAGAAGGGUGGGAUGUGUGCGGGUCUUCAAACAGAACAACAUUAACUGGUAACUUUUGAUGGGAAAAUAACCUAGCUUUUGUUUAAAAUGGGUUUGCUUCAAAAACAUAAUUUAGGAUAUUAAUAUUCAAGACGUGAAGUGACAAAAUGUUCCGAAUUAGAAGGGUUGGCUGUGUGCGGUUCUCCAAAAUUCACAACAAUAACUUUUAACUUUUGUUGCGAAAGGACCUUGAAUUUUGUAUAAAAUGGGUUUGCUUCAAGGGUAUUAUUUAGGAUAAUAGAUUUCAAGAUAUGAAGUGGAUAGUGCCAAACCCCGUUGCAAGCCAAAAUGACGUACUUUCAGUCAAGAUGCUCCGACUUAGAAGGGUAGGCUGCGUUCUCCAAAAAGCACAACAAUAACUGGUAGCUUCUGCUGGGACAGGAACUUGGAUUUUGCUUGAAAUGAUAAUUUUUGAAAAAAAUAACGGAUAGUUUUGGUUCUCAAAUAUGACCUGGAUAGUGUCAAUCCCUGUUGCAAGGCAAAAAGGAUUGUUUUCAGUGUUCCGAAUAAGAAGGGUGGGCUAGCUGUAUGCGGUUCUCCAAUAAGCACUAAAAUAACUUUUAACUUUAUUUUAGAAAGUAAUUAAGCUUUUCUUUAAAAAUGGAUUUGCUUCAACAAUAUUAUUUAGGAUAUUAGUUUACAAGAUGUGAGUAUAGUGCCAAACCCCGUUGUUAGUCAAAAUGGGCUGUUUUCAGUCAAGAUAUUCCGAGUUAGAAAAGUUAAUAUA